AUUGGGAUUCUGUUGAUUGGACCAGAGUCAGAAGCCAAGUGGAGAUAUUAUACGAGACCCCUUAUGGAGUUCAUAGCCCUAUUAAUUGAUUGAAACUCCUAGGACCUCACAAGCAGCUUACAGGAAGUUACCGCUUCGGGUCCUUUGGAAACUCGAGGCCUCAGUCAAUCCCACACCAGAACGGUUCGGACAAUCAUUACUAAACGAUGAUCCCAUAACGAAUUUCACGCUUUGAUCACCCAUCGCCUCCUACAUACAUAAAAACAUGGUAAUAGAAGAAGCCAUUAACAUGAUCGCUUCUCAUAAUGAAGUUAAAUCACCUUGCAACUUAUGUUUUACUGCACCUAAACGCGUUCAUUACUUUAGAUUGCUUGGCCUUGAAGUGUACAUCUGCCCCAUCUCCAGGUUAUAAAAACGUGUUACCGGUAGGAAAUUAAAGCAAUGUUGCGCCUAAUUGUGAGACGAGCCCUCGCAAGAUCAAGAUACAACGAUAAUCAUGAUCGCAUGUACGCAUGACACCACCGUGUUUAGCUGAAACAGUGAUCGAAAAAGGCGCCACACACUAGUCGUUGACCAAGUCGGACAAGCCGGACUGGGUGCACUGGCAGCAAAAAUUUGGGUCAUCAAAAUAUACUCAACACUUGUCGAACCGACCUGGUUGCGGAUGGUGACGGCGGGGGUCGUUGUUCUGGGUGUCCUGCCAGGCAUUUUAUGGUCUCGAGUGCCCGGAGUCAACAAGCUGAGCAUCGUUAUUGAUAAAACCGACAAACCUAUCUUAAUGGGUCAGAUUAAGGGGUAGGUCACAUAUGUUCUUGGUUAUAAAAUGUCGCUAGCCAAGAACUGGGAAUGCUAGUCGGUAGGUAGGCGUUGGUACGGUGUCUCUAUUUCAAGCAGGGAACGAUGUUCAGUGUUAACGCGAUCCAACAGGCAUUGCUAGCAGUGAUCCUGGGUUGGUGUGCGGUGGGAGUUUAUGGGCUGGAAAAUGGGCUAGCACGAAGACCACCGAUGGGAUGGAUGAGUUGGGAAAGGUAUCGGUGCAUAACGGAUUGCAAAAAGUAUCCGGAUGAGUGUAUCAGCGAGCAACUGUUUAAGCGCAUGGCUGAUCUGAUGGUAUCGGAAGGCUAUCGGGAUGCUGGCUACGAGUACGUCAAUAUCGACGACUGCUGGAUGGCGGACGAGCGAGAUGCGGAUGGUGUGCUGCAACCGAACAAAGAGCGAUUCCCCAACGGAAUCAAACAUCUAGCCGACUAUAUCCACGAAAGGGGACUCAAGUUUGGCAUCUAUCAAGACAUUGGCACGAAAACCUGUGCCGGAUAUCCCGGCAUGGUGGGCUACUUCGAGCUAGACGCACAAACGUUCGCGGAUUGGAACGUUGACUUCAUCAAGAUUGAUGGUUGUUACGCCGAUGUGGAGCUGAUGGUGGAUGAUUACAUCAAGUUUGGCGAAUUUAUGAACAAAACGGGCCGCCCCAUACUGUACUCCUGUUCGUGGCCAGCCUACCAGGAGUACAACGGUAUCAUCCCCGAUUACGAGCAGCUGAAGGAAACGUGCAACAUGUGGCGCAACUGGGGAGACAUCGAGGAUUCGCAUCAGUCGGUGGUCGAGAUUACGAAAUACUUUUCCGACCAUCAGAACCGAAUCGUGCCUCAUUCUGGACCGGGCCAUUGGAAUGAUCCCGAUACGCUUGUUCUGGGAAACUAUGGCUUAAGUUACGAUCAGAGCAAAUCUCAGCUUGCGGUAUGGGCCAUCCUCGCUGCUCCGUUCCUUAUAUCGAACGAUCUGGCAAAGGUUACGCCGGACGUGAAGGAGCUGCUGCUUAACAAAGCCAUCAUAAAGGUUGAUCAGGAUCCUCUCGGUAUACAGGGGAGACUGGUGAAAACCAUCAACAAGAUCGAGAUCUGGAAGCGUCCCAUCAUGCCCAGGGUGGGCCAUGAGCUGACGCAAGCAGUUGCAUUCGUAUCGCGCCGUGCUGACGGUGCACCGUACACCGUGGCCGUGAAGCUGCGGGAAGACAUCGGGCUAAGCAACAGCACCAACAUCAAGGGCUACAAAGUUUACGAUCUUUUCGAGCCAAAGGCCAGUCCGUUCCUGCUGCGUGCCGGCACCACCUUUGAGACGAGGGUCAACCCAUCUGGCGCAAACUUCUACCGGUUCGUACCACAGUACGGGACGGAUUUUAUCAACUUCUAGGGGGAAUGGAUAUAGUUUCGGUAGCGUUAGGGACUGAAGACUGAAUGAAUGUACCAGACCACACAGGCGCGGGAGUGGUGAGGGAGUUCGCUGGAGGUAUAUGCACUUGAAAAUAUAAACAGAAGAUACACAGCACAA